GGCGCUGUUUGUGAACCAAGUGGGUCUGUGCCUCAUUGUGAGCAGUGCAGCCACCUGCGGCAUCGUCAUGUUUGCCUAUUACAUUAAAUGUGAUCCACUGAAGUCUGGGAGGAUCUCUGCCCCUGAUCUGUACAUGCCGUACUUCGUGCUGGACAUAUUCAAAAAUCACCCUGGAUUUCCAGGUCUUUUCCUUGCCUGUGCAUACAGCGGGACUCUGAGCACGGCUUCCACAAGUAUCAAUGCAAUGGCUGCAGUAACAAUGGAGGAUCUGCUGCGACCUCGUCUGGUCCACAUGACCCAGAAGAAAUUGAUACUCAUUUCCAGAGGACUGUCUCUUCUGUACGGAGUCGGUUGUAUCACGGUAGCUGCUCUCUCCUCCCUCCUGGACUUGGGAGUUCUUCAGGGAUCGUUCACAGUAAUGGGGGUGGUCAGCGGUCCAUUACUGGGUGUAUUCAUUUUGGGAAUGUUUUUCCCAGCAACAAACAGGCUGGGAGCGUUCUCAGGAAUCUUUGUUGGAUACUGUGUCUCUCUGUGGCUGGCUGUUGGUUCAACUCUUUACCCUCCCAGUGAGGAGACCAUGGGGGUCCUGCCCAGCUACACAGGCGAGUGUGAACUCAACGUCACCCUGAACAGCAGCACUCACCAGGACCAACUCUCCAUCUCCACCCUGCUUCACCCCGGUGACCCAGGGGGCCUGCUAAACUUCUACUCUAUGUCCUACCUCUACUUCGGUGCCAUGGCGACGAGUUCAGUCGUGCUAGCUGGGCUGAUAGUGAGCUAUGCAACAGGACCAACAAAGAGGAAUAAUAUUAAAGAAGGUUUGUUAUGGUGGGAUCUGAAAAAAAAGCAAGUAGAUGUCCCAUCAGAGCGCAGACCUGGAAAAAUGUCCAGAAGGUUCCCCUGUCUUCUGCACAAUGGAUGCUGGGAUAGGUGUCAGGCGAAUCUCAAUAACAAGGUAAAGUAA